GUGGGUCAGGCCGCAGCGGCUGACGGCAGGGGAGGAGCCCAGUCCGCUGCCGGGUGGAGGGGCGAGGCGAGUGUCCUUAUCCUAGCGAUUCGGGCUCAGGCCUGUGAACCAGUUGGAGUCGCGGUGUCGAGAACGAUUGAGCCGAGCGGAGGAAAACAUGUUGCUUUUCGUGGAGCAGGUAACAUCUAAAGGGACUGGUUUAAAUCCUAAUGCCAAAGUAUGGCAAGAAAUUCCUCCUGGAAAUCCUGAUGCCACUCCUGUAACUCAAGGAACUGAAAGCUCUUGGCCUGAAACAGCAGCCACUUCAGGGUCUCAGACUGAGGGCAGUACAGAGCUUUCAGAAGAUAUGUGUAAAGAAUAUGAAAUAAUGUAUUCUCCAUCUUGUGAAACCACAAGAAAUACUACUGGCAUUGAAGAACCAGCUGAAGGAAUGAUUUUAGGACCCGAAGAUAUGAGUUACCAAAUAUAUGACAUUUCUGGAGAAAGCAGUUCGGCAAUUUCUACAGAAGAUCUAAAAGAAUGCCUGAAGAAACAAUUAGAAUUCUGUUUUUCACGAGAAAAUUUAUCGAAGGAUCUUUACUUGAUAUCCCAAAUGGAUAGUGAUCAGUUCAUCCCAAUAUGGACAGUUGCCAACAUGGAAGAAAUAAAAAAGUUGACCACAGAUCUUGAUCUAAUUCUUGAAGUGUUGAGAUCAUCUCCAAUGGUACAAGUUGAUGAGAAAGGGGAGAAAGUGAGACCAAGUCAUAAACGUUGUAUCGUGAUCCUCAGAGAGAUUCCUGAAACAACACCAGUAGAGGAGGUGAAAGCUUUGUUCAAAAAUGAAAACUGCCCCAAAGUGAUAAGCUGUGAGUUUGCACACAAUAGCAACUGGUACAUCACCUUCCAGUCAGAUACUGAUGCACAGCAGGCAUUUAAAUACUUAAGAGAAGAAGUUAAAACAUUUCAGGGCAAGCCAAUCAUGGCAAGGAUAAAAGCCAUCAAUACAUUCUUUGCUAAGAAUGGUUAUCGAUUAAUGGAUUCUAAUAUGUAUAGUCAGCCCAUUCAAGCUCAAGCACAGUAUGCCUCGCCAGUCUUUAUGCAGCCUGUAUAUAAUCCUCACCAGCAGUACUCAGUUUAUAGUAUUGUACCUCAGUCUUGGUCUCCAAGUCCUGCACCUUACUUUGAAACACCACUGGCUCCCUUCCCCAAUGGUCAUUUUGUGAAUGGCUUUAACUCACCAGGAUCUUAUAAAACAAAUGCUGCUGCUAUGAAUAUGGGUCGGCCAUUCCCAAAAAAUCGUGUGAAGCCUCAUUUUAGGUCAUCCAGUGGUACAGAACACUCCACAGAGGGCUCUGUGUCAUUGGGGGAUGGACCAUUGAACAGAUCUAGUUCAAGGAACUUUGCACCUGAACUGCAUAACCCUAUAGUAACAGGGCAUCAAGAGCAAACUUACCUUCCAAAGGAGACUCUCACUUUACAAAUGGAACAAAAUGGGGACUAUGGUAGGGGCAGGUAA